AUGCACAUUCUCGGUCUUGCCAACGGUAGUAUAGGCGGAAACUCCACCAUCCUCCUAAAAGCCGCUCUUCAAUCCGCCAAAUGCUCCUCAACCAACACAACAACGUCGUGGAUCCACGUUCCUUCUCUCUCAUACCCCCCCAAUGCGGAACCCUUGAGUAACUCCCAAGACAUAUCCAUGGGCAAAAAUGCGGGGAACAACUUUCACGGCCUCUCUACCAGAAGUGUGAAGGUUAUCGAUGAUCGAAAAAGGUUGUAUGAAGAGAUCAUGGACGCCGACGCGCUGAUAUUUAGCACGGCAGUGUACUCGCACCAACCCGCUGGCUCUCUAAAGGCGGUUUUGGAUAAAAUCCUAGGCCCAUACACGGAUCCCGUCUUCGCAUCUCGCGUCCUGGCGGGCCAAAGCGCCAACGAUCCCAAAUUUACCUCCAUGAGUGUAGACAAGAGAAUUUUGAAGCCUAGGGUGUGUGGCUUCCUUGCUGUCGGGGGGAGUACCACACCUGAUCAGUUCACAAUGGUGCUCCCCACGCUGCAUCUACUGGCGGCUGGUCUACACGUAAAGGUCGUCGAUCAGGAAGUCAUCAAGGGUUGCGCUAAUCCAGGAGCUGUACUGGGCGCGGAAAAUGGAGCAGUUAUGAAGAGGGCGGAGGAUCUGGGGUGCAAUGUCGUCAGCCAGGUGGGCAAGGAGUUUGAUGAGGCCCAGUACCUUGGGCCCGUGGUAGAAGGGGCGUGUCCGAAAUGCCAUCUUGCCAAGUAUGAUUUCUUUGGUGGCGAAGAGAUGAGGAUAGGGUGUGUGGUAUGCGGGUACACAGGCAGAUUUGUCGUAGGUAAUGGCAAGGUGGAGGUCAAGUGGGACGAAGAGAGUGAGUAUUGUUGUAUUUCAUGGUUGGGGAAGGAGAAGCAUAUCGAUGACAUUUUCAAGAAUGGGAGUGCAGAGUGGAAGGGGCUCGAAGGUAGCAAGAAGCAAUUGCAAGAGUGGAUGGAGUUGGAUGUUGGGAGAGUUACGCUACCAAGUGAACAGCAGGGUAAUGCUACGAACUCGGUAGCUGAGAUGCAAUGA